UACGUUCAUCAUUAUAUUUAAACACAUAUUGCGCUCUCGUUUUUAUGCUUCUCCACUACUCUUGGUGCUCUCCCUUAAAUCUACUCAAGUUCCACCCGGACGAUUUAUGAAACGCAGCAACUUCCUGUUGGAAAUAAACACAACUUUGACAUUGCUUCGUUUAUGUCCGUCAAACAUGAGCACCCUGACUUUAAACUCACUGAGACAAAUAAUGAGAGCGAUGGUCGACCACUCGGGCUUCGACAGAGUCAUGAGCAAGGUGGACGUUGUGUCUGCAAGUCCCGGGAAGGUGGUGUGUGAGAUGCGGGUGGAGGAGGAGCACACAAACCGGGGAGGGACGCUGCACGGCGGGCUGACAGCCACCCUGGUGGACGUGAUCUCUACCAUGGCCAUUAUGCACAGUGAGAGAGGAGCCCCAGGGGUCAGCGUGGACAUGAAUAUAACGUACAUGAAUGCUGCCAACAUAGGGGAAGACGUCCUCAUCACUGCACAAGUUCUGAAGCAGGGGAAAACGCUGGCAUUUGCUACUGUAGAUCUCUCCAGCAAAACCUCAGGGAAACUCAUCGCUCAGGGACGACACACUAAACACCUCGGCAGCAGCUAAACCGUCUCUUCUAAUCAAAAUUGUAUAAUUUACUGCUAAAACUUGGGAUUCUGAAUAUAUACAGAAUGUACUUGCACUGUUUUUUUGUAAGUUCAUAAGUUUGCAGAACAAAUUUGUGUGUGUGUUUUUUUUUUCCCUAACUUGUGUUGUUGUGAAUAUUGAGCAGCGAAUGUUUCUUGUACAUGCAAUAAAGCCAGCUGGACAAAGAGUCGGGGUUUUUUUUCAGACUUUGCACUGUAUUGAGAUAUGCUCAGCAGUAAAGAUUAGAGAACAGAAAAUCAAAACCCAGAAGUUACAUGCCUUACACCCUUUUUUCAGCUAAAACACAUUGAAUCAGCAAGGAGCGAAACUUUACGUACUACUGUACUUCAUAGUCUUUGAAAAAGCAAACCCUUCAAAACUCAAUUUUAAUUUAAAGACGCUUGGCAGCAGAUUCGCAACUUUAAUAGAUCAAAUUAAACAGAAAUCAGUUAGCUUUAAGCAAAACAUUUUUGUUAGGUAUAUUAUUAUAAUUACUGUUAAAUCUGUCACCAUUGCAAUUCAUCACCGACCCACAUCCCUCCAAAAAAAAAAAAAAACAAUGCGCAAAACAUCCGAUUU